AUGAGUUCGAUGACUAGCCAGAGAAAGUCGCACGUCUUCCGGGUGACAGGCCUGUCGAGGGAGCUGCCUGAUGAGAACCUCAAGACCGCUUUACAAGAGGCAAUCAACAACAACCUCACCGACGACGAGAGAUCGCAUAUCCAGGCUGAGAUUACCAUCGUGCCUUCAUGCUAUGAAAGCGAUACGCAGAGGGUGGCACUGGUGCAUUUUCGCGGUGGGGUGCCUCAGUUCCUUCAUGAGCUGAGAAAUGAUCCGCUCGAUGACUGGCAGGUCGAGAUGGGAGACGAUGACAUCAACUUUGACGGCCACUUCUUUGGAUUCACCCAGCUCUACGUGUCGGAUGACGAUCAGCCAGUGGCUGCAGAUAUCAUUGCCAUUGCCGGACUGGAUGGACAUGCAUAUGGAUCCUGGCAAGGAACAGGAAAUCUCGGUCGGAUGUGGCUCCGCGACUUUCUGUCGAAGGAUCUUCCGCAGUGCCGCACCAUGAUCUACGGGUACAACUCCAAGCUGUCGAGCCACGGAGUCGAUACGAUUCUCGACUACGGGCGGGAACUAAUGGAGGAGAUCAAGAAGAUCCGAAACACGAAGGAGGUAGGAGACGCGUUUGACUUGUCUACGGACGGCAAGUUUGGGCUGACACUUCGACUAGCUCCAGCAGAGACCUCUGAUAUUCAUCGCACACAGCUUUGGGGGCAUUAUCUUGGCUCAUGUGGGACUCCCAACCGGGCCAUCCAGACGAUGGAGGAAGACCACCCGGCGAUCACAUCCCUACAUCGAGCCACAUACGGCAUGAUGCUUUUCGCGAUCCCACAUAAAGGAUUGGUGAUGGACGAUAUCCAACAGAUGUUGGCCGGCGAUGGGCGCCAUCCGCGAGGACAGUUGCUGCAGCAGAUCUCCAGUAAAUCGGACCUACUGAUCCAUCAACUGGCCGACUUCAAAAAUCUGAUCCGGGACCGUAAGGUGGUCAGCUUCUAUGAGACAGAGCAAACGAGGCGGUUGGUAUUGGACUCAGAAAGCGGACGAUGGAAACGUACUGGUGAAUUUAUGACGACAGUUGGGGUGGAUUCGGCCCUCCUCCAGCUCCCCGAUCAUAUAGAUAACAAGGUGCCGCUGCACGCCGAUCACUCGAUGUUAGUCAAAUUUGACACUCCUUACGUGGCUGGUUAUCGAACGGUGCGCGAUAGACUGCUCCAGUUCUCAAAAGACGCGCCACCGGUCGUGGCGGCUCGAUUUGCCCAAAUUCAUCCGACAGCCCAGCCACUUUCCACGGUGCCUUCCAAGAGAGACCGGAUGUUUUUGCACCGUGAAGAGACAAGGGUAAAUUAUGAGGCGAUCAGUCAGCGUCAUGAGCGGUUGAAACUGGUGGGGUUAGCUGACGUUCGAAAUAACCAGACAGCUAUCAAACCUACAAAUAUCUCCUCGCCUAUCAUAUAUCUCGCUGUUAGCGUCCAUCCUUAUGGUCGUCUCGACAUGUCCCUCAAGACCCUGCGGAUUGUGCCUGAUAAUGCAGAAAUAAUGCAAUUUUCCAAAAAAGGGAGCCUAGCCGACGUGCAAUCGCUUUUCACGAAAGGCUUAGCAGACCCAACGGAUGUGAAUUAUAGCUGGGGAGUACCUGUGCUCAGUUAUGCCGUUCAAGGCUUACAUUUGGACCUCUGCAGGUUUUUGAUCAGAGAGGGUGCCCUUCCGAACGUGGAGAAUAGAUCAAAUGUGUCAGCUCUUGAUAGAGCAUGGGAUAUUUUUCUAUCGCAAAGCUGUGAUUCUGAAACGGAGCAAAAACUUCGAUCAAUUUUCUCAUUAUGGUUUGACUCGGUCUGGUUUGAAGACCAGCAAUUCACCAGUCUACAUAAAAUUGUGCUCGGCGCGGUAGAUUAUGACCUCGAAGAUCAGUUGAAAUUAUCCACAUCAAGUAUCAACGAAAAAGAUUCCAAAGGGUGCACUGCUCUUGCUUGGGCGGCUGCUCGAGGAGAUAUAAGUUCUGUGAAGACCCUGCUAUCCUUUGGUGCAAAUCCCGAAAUUAGCUGUGAUACAGGAAACAACCCUCUUUUGCGGAGUGUUCGCGCCAAGUCCCCGGAAUGUGUCAGGCUUCUCCUGGAGUUUGGCGCCGACGUGCGACAAAAAAGCACACUAGGAUUCACUGCUCUACACUAUUCAGCCUACUAUCGAGAUGACGAAGCUUUAAUACAGACACUUCUCGGAUUUCGGGCUCAAAUCGAUGAAAAGGACAACUAUGGUUGGACUCCUCUCUCAUGCACUGCAGAGUAUGAUCAGCAUAAGAGUGCCCGAGUUCUAUUAAAUUACGGAGCAGAUCCAAAUAUCGCUGACAACAUUGGAUGGACCUCUAUGUUGAGAGCUGUGAGCUCAAACAGUCAUAAUGUCCUGAAACUACUCAUGGAGAAGGGUGCCGAGUACUGUUCUCUAUCCUCCCGUCUAGAGACGAUUCUUCAUAUUGCAGCGGCACGAGGUGAUAUCAAGACCAUUGAACUACUCACAGUUGCGAAAAUGAGGGGACUUAAUGCCGAUUUGAAAGAUAUCGGUGGUCGUACGGCGGCGGAUAUAUUCUUUUCUAGGGAUCAACGGGCACCAGAUCUUGUUGCUGCUUUCACCAAUCUUUUGAAUUCUGUGAGGAUUUUUUGA